UGAUUAAAUGCUUUCACAAAGAAAAAUAGCUAACAGAAUAUAAGAUAUUGAUUUUGAACGCCAGGUAAACAUAAUUUGAUAUUAGUUGGCAUUAGACUAAUUUAAACUAAAGAGGGGAUUUCUCCAUCAGCCAAAUGGACAUUGCUUUUGUCCACCAACUGUCAAAGUCACAUGACAGAAAAUCAAUGUCAAGUCAUAAAGCGCAAAAGUUGUUCAGUUCAUCUGAAAGAGCAAUGAACGACGGAAUGGAAAAAAGCAUUCUGCCCAUUUUGGGCGUAAUGCAGAAGAUAGGGCUUUUGCCAUUCAAGCAAGUGCACGGCUCUGGCGCAUACGUCAAGCUGAUUCGAUCCACGCUGCUGCAGGUCGCGAGCUUGGCGUUUUUGGUCCUGAUGAGCUCCGGGUCGGCCGUUUCCCUGUGGUACAAUGCUCAGCUGCUGAUGAAGAGCGGCAACGAGAUGGCCACUGAGGUGGCUGAUGUUGUUUUGAUCUUGAUCAGCAUUCUUCUCGCGGUCGUGAUGGCUUGGUACAGCUACCUCAGCUGCAACUCGAUGACUCAGUUCCUACGCUACCUGGCCAAGGUGCGCGGAACAAAAUGUUUUCAAACCAAAAUACGUCAUGUGUGUUCUAUUAAGGUGGAUAGCGUGCUGGUGGAGGAGACGGCCAGUAACACCCUGACGUAUCUGGCGGCAGGCGUCGGCUUAUGGCUUUCCAGAGUCGCCGGCACAGCGUGGGCCUUCUCUUGGACUGAGUGGGAGUUGAGCAAGGCGCCCCUCUGGCUUGUCAUUCUGGUACUCGAGCUGGUUGUUGUCAUACUGGUGCGAGAGGUCUCCCGCAGGUACAAAUUACUGAACGACACUUUGGUGGCCCUGAAGAAGCUUAACAAGAAGAAAAAGCAUCCCAAAAUUGAGCAACUGGACGCGCUGCAACUUCUAAAGGGCGUCAAACCAGCCUGGACCACCGAGCAGAAGGUGAGCGGCAGUCCACUGGACCCUUUGCGAAUCGAGGGUAUCAGGGAGGCGCACGCAUACCUGGCCGACGCCUACCAGCACCUCAACUCGCACCUGGCCCUCUUCGUCCUGCUGCAGCUCGCCUUCCUCUUCCUCACCCUUCUCAAUUCGUCCGUCCAGUUCCUGCAGGUGUGCAUCAGCAGCAAGAGCGUCGGCACCGGCGUCAGUCCAUGCUUGGGACACGCACUGCUCGUGUUGGACAGUCUGGUCCGCAUGACUUUGGUCACUGUGGCCUGCGAUGCUGUCAGAGAAGAGGCGGACAACACUGCAGAGGCGGCCGCCCGUCUGCUGCGCGGGACAGUUGACCAAGACGCUCUCAGAGAGCUGCAAGUUCUUGGUUCCCAAGUACGCGCUAGAAAACUAGGUUUCUGGGCAUGCGGACUUUUCACAGUUGACAGACCUCUGCUCUUUUCGAUUUGUGGAGCUGUCACAUCGUACUUGUUCAUCCUUAGCCAGCUCAAUAAGUGAACAUAGAAGAAAAUAAGCAUUGAUGAGCAUCCAGCUACAAGUAGUAUUGAGUUUGUCAUGAAGUCUUGCUAAGAGCCUGUUUAUUGAUUAGACAAAAAAUAACUGUAUUAUAUUUUUCUUGGUUGUAUAUUUAUGUUAUAAUAUAUAAAUAAAAAUAUAUGCAGUAUCUUCACUUUGCUCUAGAAGGACUGAAAAUUGAAUGCAUUAAAAUUGAUAUGAUUCUGUUGUGAGCGAAAAGAUUGUUUGAUUAAUAUUUCAUUCCAUUAAAUUAUCAGAUGUUUUAAAUUUCAGAAUGAACGAUUUAAAAUUUUUAUUAUUAUUAUUAUUUGUUUAUUCCUACUGUCAUUUAAUGCGCAUAUUAUAUUGCUAAAAUUUUACUAUCUACGCGUGAAGCAUUUGCGACCGGCAGCGCAGUAAGGGAAGUGGUUCUGAAUUGACUAAGGCUUUUGAACUUUGAACGAUUUAAAGUUUUAGAACACCACAGCAAAGCAUCAGCAGCGAUAUUUUAAAUCGAUUUCAUAAAUAUAAAAGGCAACCCUAUAUUUUGGUUUGAUUUAAAAUUAAUGUGAUUUUGAUUUCGAAUUUUUGAAACAAAUUUCUUAUCUUUAUCUUACCUGUAUGGUAAGGGAAAAUUGGCUAUGAUUAAUUUGUAUCAUUUUCCAUUGUAUGUAUUCUAAAGGAAUGUUCAACAAGAAUAGAACUAUCGACGAGGAUAUUAAGCUUAAGAAAUUGUUUGGAGUUUUGGACUAAUGGUUGAAAGCAUUCCA